AUGAGCUGUGUCCUGACUGGUGUCGUGCCCUUAGGGCUGGUGCUUCUGCUCUGCGGAGCCCAAGGCUUUUUCCUGCCCAACGUCACACACUUAGAGAAGCUGCUCAGCAAAUACCAGCGGGACCAGCCCCACUCCCGGGCGCGGAGGGCCAUCCCCAGGGCGGACCAGGAGGAGAUCCUCAUGCUCCACAACAAGCUGCGGGGCCAGGUGUCGCCGCCCGCCUCCAACAUGGAGUACAUGACCUGGGAUGAAGAGCUGGAGAAGUCGGCGGCGGCCUGGGCCCAGGAGUGCAUCUGGGAGCACGGGCCCACUGGCCUGCUGGUGUCCAUUGGGCAGAACCUGGCCGUGCACUGGGGCAGGUAUCGCUCCCCUGGCUUCCACGUGCAGUCCUGGUACGAUGAGGUGAAGGACUACACCUACCCCUACCCCCACGAGUGCAACCCUUGGUGUCCAGAGAGGUGCUCCGGGCCCAUGUGCACCCACUACACGCAGAUAGUUUGGGCCACAACCAACAAGAUCGGCUGUGCCGUGAACACCUGCCAGAGGAUCAAUGUCUGGGGAGAUGUUUGGGAGAAUGCAGUCUACCUCGUUUGCAAUUAUUCUCCAAAGGGCAACUGGAUCGGAGAAGCCCCCUACAGAACCGGCCGGCCUUGCUCCGAGUGCCCCCCCAAGUACGGCGGCGGCUGCAAGAACAACCUCUGUUACCGAGAGACUUAUGGCCAGAAACCUGAAACGGACGACAUGAACGAGGUGGAAGUGGCCCCCAUUCCUGAUGAGAAGCACAUCUGGGUCUCACCAAGGGUGAUCAAACCCACGAAGCCCAAGAAAGACUCUCCCGUGAACCACAUGACCCAAGUCGUCAAGUGUGACACCAAGAUGAAGGACAAGUGUAAAGGGUCCACUUGCAACAGGUACCAGUGCCCAGCAGGCUGCCUGCACAGUGGAGCAAAGAUCUUUGGGACUCUCUUUUAUGAAAGCGCGUCCAGCAUCUGCCGGGCCGCCAUUCACUAUGGGAUCCUGGACGACAGGGGAGGCUUGGUGGACGUCACCAGGAACGGGAAGGUCCCCUUUUUUGUCAAGUCAGAGAGAAACGGCGUGCAGUCUCUGAGCAAAUACAAGGCUUCCAGCUCAUUUACGGUGUCAAAAGUAAAAGUGCAAGACCUGGACUGCUAUACCACUGUGGCCCAGCUCUGCCCAUAUGAGAAGCCGGGGACCCACUGCCCAAGAGUUCGCUGUCCAGCGCACUGCAAAGACGAGCCAUCCUAUUGGGCUCCUGUGUUUGGAAGCAACAUCUAUGCCGACACUUCCAGCAUCUGUAAGACCGCCGUGCACGCGGGGGUCAUCCGGAAUGAGAGUGGGGGCUACGUGGACGUGAUGCCCGUGGAUAAAAAGAAGACCUAUGUGGGCUCGCUCAGGAAUGGAGUCCAGUCUGAAAGCUUGAGGACCCCUAGAGACGGAAAGGCCUUCCGCAUCUUUGCUGUCAGGCAGUGA